UCAGAGCACGUCACCGGUUUUAGACGUUUUUGGUUUUACUUUAUUUAGUUGUCACUGUGGCGGGUAUCUUUUCGGUCGUAUAUUGUUUUAAUUUUUUAAACCCUCUAUAAUUAAGAUUGAUAUGUGCAAUAAUAUAAUUAAAUUGUAUAACCAGUUUCUCAUUGCUUCUUAUUAAUUUUGUGUAGUGACUUAAGUUUAAAGAAAAAAUAAAAGUUUCGUUACGGUCAAGUGAUUGGGACUGCAGUUACAGCUUAGUCACUUUUAAGUUUGGGGGUGGGCAUCAUGGACCAGAGUAGUAUUACUCCAAAUACAUCAAAUCAACAGUUGGUGAUAAAUGGGGAUAAUGAUUCUGCUACGGCACUGUUGCACGAGAAGCAGGCGAGGAGGCGAGAUAAUCUGAGCGAUGUCAGCUUCAUCGAAUACAUGACAGUCGGAGUAUUGUGUUUUGUCAACCUCAUCAACUAUAUGGAUAGGUUUACCCUGGCUGGCGUGCUCGGAGAUGUCAAAAAAGAGUUUGCUAUACGGGAUGAUGAAGCCGGAUUUCUGCAGACGGUAUUUGUCAUCGCCUACAUGGUGUUUGCUCCCAUUUUUGGCUACAUGGGCGAUCGUUUCUCGAGGCGGACGAUAAUGGCCUUCGGUGUCGCACUUUGGUGCAUCACAACCUUCAUAGGAUCGUUUAUAACUAAUUUUUACCUGUUCGCGUUCUUCCGUGGAUUGGUGGGCAUCGGUGAAGCGUCGUAUUCCACGAUAGCCCCUACCAUUAUAAGCGAUCUGUUCGUUGGUAACGUCCGGUCUAAAAUGCUCGCAUUCUUCUACUUCGCCAUACCCGUCGGAAGCGGUUUUGGAUACAUUGUUGGGUCGGUGGCGGGUGCAGCGGCGGGCAAUUGGCGAUGGGGUUUGCGUGUAACCCCCUUCCUAGGGGUUGUAGCUGUAGGACUCAUCGUGUGGGUUAUGCAAAACCCCGAACGUGGUCAGGCCGAAGAGAGUCGAAUGAAACCUACAUCGUAUGUGGACGACUUGAAAGCACUAAUGAGGAAUCCGUCGUUCAUGCUGUCGACGUUAGCGUUCACGUGUGUGGCGUUCGUGACGGGCGCGCUCGCGUGGUGGGGGCCGCAGUUCAUAUUCCUGGGACUCAGCAUGCAGCCUAACGUCGACAUUACUAUAGAGAGGGUGUCGUUGGUGUUCGGCGCGCUGACCAUGGCGUCGGGGCUGGUGGGGGUGCCGCUGGGCGCGUGGCUGGGCGCGUGGCUGGUGCGGCGCUGGGGCCGCGCGCACGCCGUCAUCUGCGGCUCGGGGCUGCUGCUGUCCGCGCCCGCCAUGGCCGGCGCGUUGCUGCUCACCGAGUCCUACUUCUACUCGCCCUUCGCGCUCAUGUUCAUUGGGGAGCUCGCUUUGAAUCUCAACUGGGCCAUCGUGGCCGAUAUGUCGCUGUAUGUGGUUAUACCACCUAGAAGAUCGACAGCAGAGGCUUUCCAGAUAUUGAUAUCACAUAUGUUCGGGGAUGCUGGGAGUCCUUACUUAGUAGGAGUGAUAUCCGAGAGUUUAAAAAAGUCACUAUCCCCAUUACCAUUUGAAGCGCCCAGCCAAAUCGUGCAAUUUAAAGCUCUUCAAUACGCUCUGUUUGUUACCUGUUUCGUAGAAGUUAUCGGAGGAAUAUUUUUCCUAAUAACUGCCAUUUACAUCGUCAGAGAUAAACAAAAAGUUGACAGAGCUAUCGCAGUUGCUUCAAAAAUAGUUUAGCCUUGAAGCAGAAGCUCAAAGUGCUGAACCAUCGCACAGUAACGCCCAAGAAGAUAUUAUUGAUGGUGAAUAAGUCAAAGUGAAUCAUGUCGCUCGUCAGUCGUAUUAAAUAGAACAUAGAUCUGUGGGAGCUGUGAACGUUCACACUGGUAAGAUAUAUUUCGAUAAAACUACUGGAAUGUGAAUGUAUAAAUAUACGGUAUACCUCAUAUAAUAACAUAAUUUAUGAUUCGAUCGGAAUAUGAUAAAGACUGAUUCGUAAAUGCACAGCACUUGAUCAAAGAGUAUGCGUAUGGUAGAGUGAGAUAGCUUAGAUAGUUAGGGUUUUGGAAACUAGGCAUCACAUUACCUACUGGUUAGGAUUAAGACAUGAUGUGCCUGAAAUGAUUAUUCAAAAAUGUGUCGAGUUAUAUAAAAUUGUUUGAUUAAAUUAUUCUACCAAAAUAAGCCUAAUGCCCGUUAUUAUGUCUUAAUAUUUAUCUUCAAUUAAAGGAGCAAAGAAAAUAUAGUAGUAAUAGUAGGGGAAAUUGUAUUUGAAUUACCUCAAGCUCUUGUUACACAAGAAAUAGAUACAAAGUUUUGUUUUAUUUAUUCCGAUUUAUUUUGUUCAUUUAAUAAGUAAUUUAAUUUAUGAUAAUUAUUUAUAAAUGCAAUUUUGAAUGGAAAGCUACUUAAGUAUUUGGAAUAAUCUGUUGUAGAUAUAUUCAUACAGUUUAACAAACUUGCCUUAUAGAACUUCCAUAUUAAAUAGUUUUCACUUCAGGAAACAUUAUAUAGAAUAUUCAUAAGUACCUCUAGUAGCCUCCAGUUUGUCAAUUAUAUGUAAUUUUUGUUUGUGAGUUAAACUGUAUAGAAUAUCAAUCAAGACUGAAUUGUUUGUUUAAAAUUCCUAAUAAUAAUAUAAUUGUUUGUAAAUAUUGUGUAAAGUAUGGAAUUGAAAAUAAAUACAUAAUUUAUUUUUCAU